GGAAGAAUGGAGGAAGCAGGAGUCCGAAGCGGCGUGUCAGCUCGGACCGAGAGGAAAGCGCAAGAAAAGGCGAAGAUCUUGCAGCGGGAGAGGCAGAGGAAGACCUUUAAGCUGGUGUCGCAGAUCCUGAAGAAGUCGGAGUGCGAUCGCACGGCGGAGGAAGCGGCGGUGCUGCAGCUGCACCGGGACACCGUGACGGAGCUCCGCCGACGCCAGCACCGCAGGAACGGCCUCAAGAGGAAGCAGGAGGAGGUGUUUGACAGCGCGGAGGAGCUGCAGUGCAAAGUGAAGGAGCUGGCGGCUGCUGUCCGGCAGGCCAGGCACCUGGUGGUGUACACCGGAGCUGGGAUCAGCACGGCGGCCUCCAUCCCUGACUACAGAGGCCCCCAGGGGGUGUGGACGCAGCUGCAGAGGGGCCGGGUGGUCAGCACGUCGGACCUCAGUGAGGCAGAGCCCACGCUGACACACAUGUGCAUCAAGAUGCUGCACAAGGAGAAGCUGGUACAGCACGUUGUGUCUCAGAAUUGUGACGGACUCCACCUGCGCAGCGGCCUACCCAGACACGCCCUGUCUGAACUGCACGGGAACAUGUUCAUCGAGGUGUGCACCUCCUGCUCGCCGGCACGGGAGUUCGUGCGGCUGUUCGACGUGACGGAGCGGACCGCGCUGCACCGGCACGGGACGGGGCGUCACUGCCCCCGCUGCGGGGUGGAGCUGCGGGACACCAUCGUGCAUUUCGGCGAGCGCGGGACCCUGGAGCAGCCCCUCAACUGGAGCGGGGCGUCAGAGGCGGCCGAGAGGGCCGACAUCAUCCUCUGCCUGGGCUCCAGUCUGAAGGUUCUGAAGAAGUACGCCUGUCUGUGGUGCAUGAACCGACCAGCCAACAGGAGGCCAAAGCUCUACAUCGUCAACUUACAGUGGACGCCGAAAGAUGACCUCGCGACCCUGAAGAUCCACGGGAAGUGUGAUGAUGUCAUGCGCCAUCUGAUGGAGGAGCUGGACAUUCCCAUCCCAGCGUACGACAAAACAGAAGACCCUAUUUUCAGCUUGGCCACACCGCUGAGGCCAGACGAAGAAUCAAGUCACACUCGUAAAGUGAUAGUGCCACCUACGGACGAGGAGGAGUGCACAGCAGGCUCUAAGGGGAUGGCUGGAGGGACUGUGGUUCAGGGGGGCUGGUUUGGUCGUGGCUACUCCAAGGGGAGGAAGAAAAAGAAGUCAGCAACUUAAGACCACCAGCUGGACAACAGCGGAAAAUGCAACCGAAAAAAAAUUCAGCCAGAUCUAUAGUAUUUUUGGUGCCAAUUUCUCUUUCUGGAAAAAACUCCUCUUAGAGUUUAACAGUGUGGAGCACUGAUUUCAUGCUCCUGUUUGUUGAACUAUUUGAUUGUAUGCACCUUAUUUUGUCCUCAGGUAUUGAGUCAAAGCAAUACUUCAGUUUGAGAGGAACAAGUGUGAACUCUUUAUGGUGUCAAGCAUUAGGAUAGUGAAAUGGAAAUGCUAACAGUGUCAUGUUUACAUAAUGUUGUUUAUGAACAGUGGACAUGUAAUUCCAAGGGUUUUAGACGUUUAGUCUGAAAAAAACCUUUAAAAAGAAAUAUGUAUGUCAAAGAGCCAUUUGGUCUUAUUCAUAAAGGGUUACAUUGUGCUUUUUUCUAAAAGGAGAAACCAGGUAAAGAACGAAAAAAAAAUGAAGUUGAGCCUCUGCGUCUCGCAGCUGUGAUGUCAUAUUUUCAGUCUGAAAAGGGGAGUUGAUUUAAAGAUGACUGUGUUGCAGUCCUUGUGAUGUAUUAAAUGUUUAAAGCGUCGGUGUGGAAAUGGAGCUGUUGCUGCCACUGUGGCAGGUAGCUCCUGCAGUCACUCAUAUCUCAGGGGAACAGGCCAGCCGGCUGCCAGCCCUGGCACCUCUCUCACUUGAAGCCAUACAGUCUGUAUUCACACAGGACCCUUGCUUAUAUGCUUUGACAGGAGCAGAAGUAUUUUGCAGCCAUUUGUAGUGUGUUGCUAUUUGUAUGGCUUUUGCAGAACCUUCAGUAUUUAUAAUUCUGAUCGUUCAGAUGACUCUGAGACACUGUGAGAAGCACAAUGACUCUCUCCGGCCCUGCCAAUCCCCAUAUUCAU